UAACUAUCUUCUGUUCACUCUUAAAUGUGGGUGUGAGUACAUCGUAGCUACUUGAUGAUCAUCUUUUCCGCAUUCAAAAGCAAGUCCUCAAGAGCGCACGCAGAAUGCACACGGGGACCCAGAGAACAUUUCGCUCGCGGUGGAACUAAACUUGCAGAGUGGACAAGAGAAUAAUUCGUCCACCACGAACUCGUCUCUAGAAUACGUUCAUUCUAUAUUUGGAGACAACCGGUAUACGUUUGCCUACAACAGGCCUCUGACUGUGACAGCUCCAGUGGGUGGAGCAACAUUGGGCCCCUCUCUCUACCCGCUCAGCACUGAUGGGACAGAAUCCUGAAUCCUGGAGGAAUCCUUGACGACCCCUCUUUCUUUCUCCGCCCUCCCAGGCUCCACCCUCUUUCCCCUCCUCCUCUCCUCUUUCCUUAGACUCUCCUCCUCCCCCGGUCUCUUCUCUCAGGGCUGGGAUCAUUACUCAACCCCACUGAAGAAUGGAACACAGUAGCUGGCAAGGAUGAACUGGGUCUGCCUGCCAAUGCAGAAAGGGAGAUAAAAGAGGGAGAAAGAGAGAGUGAAAGAAAAGCGAGCGAGAGAAAGUUCUAAACCUGUGAGUGAAAGAAGAGGUACAUAUUAAAAAUGCCCUUGAGGGAGAAAAUCGACAACUGCACUUGAGCCGUAUGAGCUAGAAGACCUCAGCAAACCUGCUGACCUGGAUGUGUGGAUCAGUAGACACACACACACACACACGUCUGUCUCAGUCACAGCAGAAGACGGCUCCUACCCUGCCCUACACUGUGGAGUGGUGUUUUCAGCGUUAUUCCCUGCCUACCAUACCUGUGUGAGGAGUGGUGGAGAGGACAUUCAGCAACUCUUAGAGGACAGUGGAAGUUGAUAGAAAUGCUUCUUUGUUAAAACCAGCGUGUUUCGGGCCGUAACCUUUUAUCAGGGUUUUAGUAGUGAACAGGUCACCACCACCAUGCCGGCUAAAGGAAAGUACCUGUUAAAUGACCAGGAGCUGAAACAUGAGGCCCUGUACAGGAAGUUCUCCUGUAUCAGCCAGUACCAGCCUCUGGUGCUUCUACUGGGCCUCUCCAUGCUGUCCUGCGGAGUCCUCAUCAUCCUCUUCUUCGCCCUGCACCUGAGUGUGGAGGAGCACUGUGCAUUUGUCAGCGUGGUGAGCUGCAGCCUGUGUGUGUUCCUGGCUGUGUUUGUGUUGGUGUGUACAGAGACCCUGACCCAGCGCUGGAGGAGACUGCUGGGUCUGGUGGUCUGGGCCACUCACCUCACCAUGGGAUUCACCUUCAUCUUCAGCGGACCUCUCAUCCUGCCCUGGGACCAGGUUCCCUUCUUCCUGUUCAUCAUCUUCACAGUGUACACCAUGCUGCCUUUCCAGAUGUGCUAUGCUGUGGUACUCAGUGUGAUCUCCUCACUCUCUCACAUCAUGGUCCUCACUCUACGCCUCACUGUCUUCAAUACCCAAGAUCCCAGCCCCUUUCUGGCCAAUCAGCUGCUGUCCAAUGCGGUGGUGUUUCUGUGUGGCAGUGUGGUGGGGGCCUUCCAUAAGGUCCUGAUGGAGAGAGCACUAAGACAGACCUUCCAGGAUACACUCAGAUGUCUGGGCAUCCGCAUGAAGCUGGAGAUAGAAAAGAGACAACAGGAGAACCUGCUGCAGUCUGUGCUACCUGUCUACAUCUCCAUGAAGAUGAAGCUGGCCAUCAUGGAGCGUCUGCAAGACUGCAAGGACAAAGAAGAGCAGCAACGACUCGUCAAAGACAACAACUUCCACAGUCUCUACGUCAAGAGACACGAGAACGUCAGUAUUCUGUAUGCUGACAUUGUGGGCUUCACCCGAUUGGCCAGCGACUGCUCUCCGAAGGAGCUGGUCAUCAUGCUCAACGAGCUUUUUGGGAAAUUUGACCAGAUUGCAAAGGAGAACGAGUGCAUGAGAAUCAAGAUUUUGGGAGACUGCUACUACUGUGUGUCUGGCCUGCCUGUCUCCCUGCCCAUGCAUGCCAAGAACUGUGUGAAGAUGGGUCUGGACAUGUGUGAGGCCAUCAAACAGGUGCGCGAGGCCACAGGUGUGGACAUCAACAUGAGAGUGGGCGUUCACUCCGGCAACGUGCUCUGCGGUGUGAUUGGCCUCCGCAAGUGGCAGUUUGACGUUUGGUCACAUGACGUCACCCUGGCCAAUUAUAUGGAGUCUGGAGGCUUACCUGGGCGUGUCCACAUCACUGAGGCCACCCUGAAGCACCUGAACAAGGCCUAUGAGGUGGAGGAGGGGAACGGUGGGCUAAGAGAUGCCUACCUGAAGGAGCUCAACAUACAGACAUACCUUGUCAUCGAUCCUCGGUCUAAGAACCAGGCUCUGAACAGCCACAGCAUGCCCAAGCCGCGUGUGAAUGACGGGCUGAAGAUGCGGGCGUCAGUGAGAAUGACCCGUUACCUGGAGUCCUGGGGCGCCGUCAAACCCUUCGCCCACCUACAGAGCAGAGAGGGGUACACCACAGACACCAUGGUCAAUGGAAAAUCACGCUGCAAGGACAUCCCUCUGCGCACAGCUCACUCGAAGAUCACUGAGAGCUUUGAUGAGUCUGUAGAGGAGCCCUUCUCCUCACCCGCCCCUCCGCUCAGCACCUAUAAGAACAAGUCCCAGAAGAGCAAGUUUGAUGAGGAGCUGCACAAUGAGAUGACCACCACCAUCGAUGAGCUCAGCAGCAAGCAGUGGGUGAAGUCUGAGGAGAUUAGCAGUCUGGCUGUGUGGUUCCCUAAGAAAGAGCUGGAGAAACAGUACCGAGCCAUUGAUCUGCCCAUGUUCAAGCACUACAUCGGCUGUGCCACCUUCAUCUUCUUCUGCAUCUUUGUGGUUCAGAUGUUUGUGACAAAAGAUUCCAAAAUGUUGGGAAUGUCAUUUGGAGUGCUGGCCUGUGUCCUCCUGUUGACCUUGGGCAUCUGUUUCGCAGGUCACCUGCAGCACUUGUUUCCGGAGAAGUUGUCGUCCUGCCAGUGGCUGCCUGCUGUGUCCGAGGCAGUGGUCAAGAGGCCAUGUGUGCGCCUCCCUCUGGUCACUAUCACCACUGCGGUCAUCAUCAUCCUAGCAGUCUUCAACCUGUGCUUCAUCCAGACGAAGUCACCGUGUGAUAUCAAUGGUAACCCUGAUCUGAUACGAUCUGACAACUCCAGUGAGCAGCAUCCAGGCAGCCUGUUCUACCUGCCAUACUCUGUGUUCAGCUGUAUCCUGGCUCUCAUAGCUUGUGGAGUGUUCCUGAGGGUGAGCUUUGAGCUUAAAGUGGUCUUCCUCACCCUGGCCUCCACAGCCUACUACAUCAUCAUCCUCAGCGCCAAGGCUGGUCUCUUCAGCUGCUAUGGACAAAUGCUUUACAACCAACUCAAUGAAAACAGAACUGAGGACUCUGGGACCAUCCUGAGAGCGUUGGGGCUGGUCAAACACCCUGAGGUGAUGAGCUGUAUAUAUAUCACCUUGUUCCUGGUCACCAUGCUCAUCAUCUCACAACAGAAUGAGUCAUGCUUCCGCCAGGACUUCCUUCUGAAGAAUAAGAACCGUACGGAGCAGGAUGAGAUCGAGACCAGGGAGAACCUGAACCGCCUGCUCCUGGAGAACGUGCUGCCGGCCCAUGUGGCUGCGCUGUUUGUUGGGGAGAAUAAAAAGAACGAGGUGGGAUUCCUCACAAACACUUUACUUACUGAGAAGUACAAGGUAGGAGUCCAGGACGGAUGACUGGUAGUCGACUGAGUCCAACUCAUCCUUCCCUCCUCCUCCUAUCUACACUGGGGUCCCAUCUCCACUGGCCUGCACCCACUAAAGCUUAGUGGGAAACACUUAGUUGUGGAAUUGUUUGGAUUUACCCAUAAAUGGUUUAUGAUGAUUUCCAGUAGUGUGGUUAAGGGAUGGAACCCCCAGGGUAAGGACAGUCCCACUUCUAUGGAUCAUUGUACCGUAUAUCAGUGCCUGUCUCACCCCACCUACCAACCCACAGCUCCAUGAAUCAGCCCCUUCAUCGGAAUUGUGAUGUGUGAUGUCAUCUUUGUGUCAGCAUGGUAGAGACAGAGCCACUGCAUUCUUACAGCAACAUCCUCAACUCCUACUGCCCCUACUCACAGCCACUCUCAAAUAGUCCACAUCAUUGUCCUCAACUCCUACUGCCCCUACUCACAGUCACUCUCAAAUAGUCCACAUCAUUGUCCUCAACUCCUACUGCCCCUACUCACAGUCACUCUCAAAUAGUCCACAUCAACGUCUUCAACUCCUACUGCCCCUACUCACAGCCACUCUCAAAUAGUCCACAUCAACGUCCUCAACUCCUACUGCCCCUACUCACAGUCACUCUCAAAUAGUCCACAUCAACGUCCUCAACUCCUACUGCCCCUACUCACAGUCACUCUCAAAUAGUCCACAUCAACGUCUUCAACUCCUACUGCCCCUACUCACAGUCACUCUCAAAUAGUCCACAUCAACGUCUUCAACUCCUACUGCCCCUACUCACAGUCACUCUCAAAUAGUCCACAUCAACGUCUUCAACUCCUACUGCCCCUACCCUCAGCCACUCUCAAAUAGUCCACAUCAACGUCCUCAACUCCUACUGCCCCUACUCACAGCCACUCUCAAAUAGUCCACAUCAACGUCCUCAACUCCUACUGCCCCUACUCACAGUCACUCUCAAAUAGUCCACAUCAACGUCUUCAACUCCUACUGCCCCUACUCACAGUCACUCUCAAAUAGUCCACAUCAACGUCUUCAACUCCUACUGCCCCUACUCACAGUCACUCUCAAAUAGUCCACAUCAACGUCCUCAACUCCUACUGCCCCUACUCACAGUCACUCUCAAAUAGUCCACAUCAACGUCCUCAACUCCUACUGCCCCUACUCACAGUCACUCUCAAAUAGUCCACAUCAACGUCCUCAACUCCUACUGCCCCUACUCACAGCCACUCUCAAAUAGUCCACAUCAACGUCUUCAACUCCUACUGCCCCUACUCACAGUCACUCUCAAAUAGUCCACAUCAACGUCCUCAACUCCUACUGCCCCUACUCACAGCCACUCUCAAAUAGUCCACAUCAACGUCUUCAACUCCUACUGCCCCUACUCACAGUCACUCUCAAAUAGUCCACAUCAACGUCCUCAACUCCUACUGCCCCUACUCACAGUCACUCUCAAAUAGUCCACAUCAACGUCCUCAACUCCUACUGCCCCUACUCACAGUCACUCUCAAAUAGUCCACAUCAACGUCCUCAACUCCUACUGCCCCUACUCACAGUCACUCUCAAAUAGUCCACAUCAACGUCCUCAACUCCUACUGCCCCUACUCACAGUCACUCUCAAAUAGUCCACAUCAACGUCUUCAACUCCUACUGCCCCUACUCACAGUCACUCUCAAAUAGUCCACAUCAACGUCUUCAACUCCUACUGCCCCUACUCACAGUCACUCUCAAAUAGUCCACAUCAACGUCUUCAACUCCUACUGCCCCUACUCACAGCCACUCUCAAAUAGUCCACAUCAACGUCCUCAACUCCUACUGCCCCUACUCACAGCCACUCUCAAAUAGUCCACAUCAACGUCCUCAACUCCUACUGCCCCUACUCACAGUCACUCUCAAAUAGUCCACAUCAACGUCUUCAACUCCUACUGCCCCUACUCACAGUCACUCUCAAAUAGUCCACAUCAACGUCUUCAACUCCUACUGCCCCUACUCACAGUCACUCUCAAAUAGUCCACAUCAACGUCCUCAACUCCUACUGCCCCUACUCACAGUCACUCUCAAAUAGUCCACAUCAACGUCCUCAACUCCUACUGCCCCUACUCACAGUCACUCUCAAAUAGUCCACAUCAACGUCCUCAACUCCUACUGCCCCUACUCACAGCCACUCUCAAAUAGUCCACAUCAACGUCUUCAACUCCUACUGCCCCUACUCACAGUCACUCUCAAAUAGUCCACAUCAACGUCCUCAACUCCUACUGCCCCUACUCACAGCCACUCUCAAAUAGUCCACAUCAACGUCUUCAACUCCUACUGCCCCUACUCACAGUCACUCUCAAAUAGUCCACAUCAACGUCCUCAACUCCUACUGCCCCUACUCACAGCCACUCUCAAAUAGUCCACAUCAACGUCUUCAACUCCUACUGCCCCUACUCACAGUCACUCUCAAAUAGUCCACAUCAACGUCCUCAACUCCUACUGCCCCUACUCUCAGCCACUCUCAAAUAGUCCACAUCAACGUCUUCAACUCCUACUGCCCCUACUCACAGCCACUCUCAAAUAGUCCACAUCAACGUCUUCAACUCCUACUGCCCCUACUCACAGUCACUCUCAAAUAGUCCACAUCAACGUCCUCAACUCCUACUGCCCCUACUCACAGCCACUCUCAAAUAGUCCACAUCAACGUCUUCAACUCCUACUGCCCCUACUCACAGUCACUCUCAAAUAGUCCACAUCAACGUCUUCAACUCCUACUGCCCCUACUCACAGUCACUCUCAAAUAGUCCACAUCAACGUCCUCAACUCCUACUGCCCCUACUCACAGCCACUCUCAAAUAGUCCACAUCAACGUCUUCAACUCCUACUGCCCCUACUCACAGUCACUCUCAAAUAGUCCACAUCAACGUCCUCAACUCCUACUGCCCCUACUCACAGCCACUCUCAAAUAGUCCACAUCAACGUCUUCAACUCCUACUGCCCCUACUCACAGUCACUCUCAAAUAGUCCACAUCAACGUCCUCAACUCCUACUGCCCCUACUCACAGUCACUCUCAAAUAGUCCACAUCAACGUCCUCAACUCCUACUGCCCCUACUCACAGUCACUCUCAAAUAGUCCACAUCAACGUCCUCAACUCCUACUGCCCCUACUCACAGUCACUCUCAAAUAGUCCACAUCAACGUCCUCAACUCCUACUGCCCCUACUCACAGUCACUCUCAAAUAGUCCACAUCAACGUCUUCAACUCCUACUGCCCCUACUCACAGCCACUCUCAAAUAGUCCACAUCAACGUCUUCAACUCCUACUGCCCCUACUCACAGUCACUCUCAAAUAGUCCACAUCAACGUCUUCAACUCCUACUGCCCCUACUCACAGUCACUCUCAAAUAGUCCACAUCAACGUCCUCAACUCCUACUGCCCCUACUCACAGUCACUCUCAAAUAGUCCACAUCAACGUCUUCAACUCCUACUGCCCCUACUCACAGUCACUCUCAAAUAGUCCACAUCAACGUCUUCAACUCCUACUGCCCCUACUCACAGUCACUCUCAAAUAGUCCACAUCAACGUCCUCAACUCCUACUGCCCCUACUCACAGUCACUCUCAAAUAGUCCACAUCAACGUCUUCAACUCCUACUGCCCCUACUCACAGUCACUCUCAAAUAGUCC